UAGCUGCUAGCGAGAGGAGGAGACGCAUCCUGUCUCGCCUUCUUUGAGCUGAGCCAAUUGAGAUACGCUGGGACGCCCCUUGUUUCCGCCCUUUGAUUGGCUGGCCUGAUGAGUGGGCGGUGCCAGUCGUUGCGUUGUGUCAGAGGUGUCAUAGCGGCCGGAACCGUCAGAAACGAAGCGGGGAGAUUGGAGCGUAGAGCGGCCCCAGCACCCUGACAGCCGGACUUCAAUGAACAGCUCGCCUGGUUACUCUUGGAAUAUACGUCGCACAUUUAUGGCGAUUCGGCGCAUAAGGACAGAGUACUGCCAGGCUCAGCACAGCGUUGGUGCAGACAAGUGAGCUGAGAGUGCUCUUGGUGGACACACUGAGCCCACCCCUCCAGUUUCUGCUCUCCCUCUCGUCCGCUUCAGAAAAGCAUAUGGGCGUUCUUAUUUAUUAUCUCACCUCACAACCGCAUACUUUUCACUACUUUAUUUUUCCUUUUGUGAAGGGAAGGAUUUUAUAGGGGAAAUAAUAUUCUCCCUUAAUGAGUGCCUCACUGCAGUAGAGACCUUUUGGUCGCUAUAUAUCCAUUUAUAUUUUUAAGCCCUAUUUUUCUCCCAGAAGUAAUGUGAGGUUCUACUAGGUACUCUUCUGAAUACCAGAAAGAGUGCGUAUCUCUAAGUAACAAACCUCUCUCAAUUGGGAUUUUGCAAUAAUUAGGUUUUUUUCCCCACCUCAAAUAUCUAUUUUUUUCUUUAUAGAAUUUUUAAAUAUUUUCUGCUGUGAAUUUUUUUUUUAAAGAAAUAAAACUUAUUUUUUUAAACUGUCACAAUGAACCGUCCAGCUCCAGUGGAAAUAUCUUAUGAGUGUAUGCGUUUUCUUAUCACCCACAAUCCAACUAAUGCCACACUGAACAAGUUCACAGAGGAGCUGAAGAAAUAUGGAGUCACUACACUUGUGAGAGUUUGUGAAGCCACGUAUGACAAGGCUCCGGUAGAGAAGGAAGGGAUUCAAGUGCUAGACUGGCCAUUUGAUGAUGGAGCUCCACCCCCUACACAAAUAGUUGACGAUUGGCUGAACCUCUUAAAAACCAAAUUUCGUGAAGAAGCAGGUUGCUGCAUUGCUGUACACUGUGUGGCAGGACUGGGCAGGGCCCCUGUGCUGGUUGCUCUUGCGCUGAUUGAAUGCGGGAUGAAGUAUGAGGACGCCGUGCAGUUUAUCAGGCAGAAACGAAGAGGAGCGUUUAACUCCAAACAGCUACUGUACCUGGAGAAGUACAGGCCCAAAAUGCGUCUGCGAUUCAAGGAUGCCAAUGGUCAUUGCUGUAUGCAAUAACAGGAAAUGGAACCCACUGGUUCAAUCCAGGCCUUUGUGACCCAGCGGAAUGGAUCAAGAUGAAAUGAACCUACAUCAGAUGACUGGUUUCUCACCUCUGUCCCAUCAGACACAAAACUACAUGAAGUUCCACAGUUGGCAAAAAAAAAAAAAGGAAAUUGCAUUUUUACACAUGCCCCAUUCCCUGUUGAUUUUAAAGAAUACAUGUCCAUGUGGAAUUUAGAUUGAACAUCACCAUGUAAGGCAAAUUAAGGAGCUCAGAUAUAGCCUAGAUGUAUCCCAGCUCAAGUACUGACUAUUACGCAGAGCAGCAACGUUUGUUAUAGACAUAGAGAAGCCUAAAGAAAAAUGAAGGUAUUAAAUAUGCAGUAACAUCUGUAUUCAAGUACAGUAGGAGGGUACUGGGGAUGUUGACUGGACCAAAUGAAUGUGAAUUGUUUUGACACCCUCCUGAUGAGAUAUACAUUUGUUGCGUGUGUGCCCCCCCCCCCCCCCCCCCCCAGUUCCAAAAAGGUUAUUGUAUCUGUCAUCUACAGCAAGCAAUCCAAAGUAAUGGAUGCAGGGUAGGUUAUACGAAUUGAACAACUGUAGUGCUCAGGGCUCUUCACAUCUCUGUGCCAGCACCGUUUCUAAUGACGCUUUGAACAUGGUCUCUCAGCCUUAAGCCAAAUCCCUUGCACACUGUUUUUCUAUGGCAGCUAACAGUCCAAAUAACACCUAACAUUGUCUAAUAUCCUCUUGUCAUAUACACAUUUUCACAAGUUUAGAUGCCAUAUAUUAACACAAGGCUGAUGCCAAAGCCCAGAUGCAUUUUGAAAUUCAAACUGCAGCCAUAGUUUGCACUGCAUCUACUCAAGCUGCUACUUCAAACAUGACCGGCAGCUCUGUGUGCAAUAUGCACUGUUAUCGUCGCUUAUCUAUUUCAGACUUGUCUAGAUAUCCUUUUUUUUUUUUUUUUGUAUGGUGUACAAUGUAUUCUCUCUAACCUGCCUUGCAAAGUGUAGCCUGAUGGUAGGCAACAGAUAGGUGAUGAGCGGCAUUCUGAUUGCAGAGCGGGAGGUAAAACUUGCACAAGUUGGUUCACUUUAUUGAAACUCCAAUGUAUUAUUAUGGCACCUGCUGUGAAGAGAUGCAUUGUAUUCCAAGGUAGGGAACACAGUCCUAUUACACAAUCCCAGCCUGUGAAUACAGGGUAGUUGCACGUAAUAGUGCAUAAUUCAAGGAUGUCUCUGCUGCCUAACCCCAGUUCAGGAUUGUAUCUUAUGUGCAAGAAAAUGAUUUUAGUGUUGCAGUAUAUAUACUGUAUAUAUUCACUGUUGGAAAUGGACUUGAAAGAAAAUAUUGUAUUGCUGCUCAAAAAAAAAGAUCAAGGGAAUGAUUAUAAUAUCACACAGCUUUGUGUACUUAGGCCCAUCUGGCUGGAUUUUAUACAGCAACUUUGCCCAUUGAGAAUUAAAUACUUUACUCCCAUGUACAUCAGACAGUGGGAAUUCUGUGCCUAAAUCCCUUUUAUAUUCCCACUCUGACAGAAUAUUACAUACAGGGGUCACACAAAAAAAAAAAAAAGUGCUUAGUCAAUUACGUUAUUUCUUUUUUCCAGCCCUCUGUUUCCUGCUGUUUAAAUAUGGAAGUAGUGACUGAGAGGUGUCAAGACAGGUGAUAUAAUUGUAUAUCAACAAGUGCUAGAAAUAUCCCUGAUCUCAUGAAACGUGUUAAAUAAAAAUAUUUUACACAUUCA